AAGAAUGUUCCCUCCUCUUCAUUGUAACGCGCUGCAUUGUUCUCUUUCGGUCUUCGCUCUCGAUCUCUCUCUCCGUUCCACUCUCGCCAAGACUCCUUCCAUUUCUGAAUCUUCCGUAUAAAGUUACAAUCUUUUCUAUCCCAUUUAGUUCUCCCUGAUCUCUCCAGAUCGCGAUGACUUCUGGUAACGCGGCGGCGAACGCAAACGCAACGAUGUCGGCGCCUCCGGUUCCGCCUACGGCGAUAGUGGAGUGGCAUCAACGGCCUCCAAACCCUAAAAAUCCUAUCGUUUUCUUCGAUGUGACCAUCGGCAGCAUUCCAGCUGGUCGAAUCAAAAUGGAGCUCUUUUCUGACAUUGCUCCCAAGACGGCCGAGAAUUUCAGGCAGUUCUGCACCGGUGAAUACAGAAAAGCAGGGGUACCGGUUGGUUACAAAGGAUGCCAAUUUCAUCGGGUUAUUAAGGAUUUUAUGAUUCAGGCUGGUGAUUUUCUUAAGGGUGAUGGAAGUGGUUGUAUAAGCAUCUAUGGGAGUAAGUUCGAAGAUGAAAAUUUCAUUGCAAAGCACACAGGCCCAGGCUUAUUGUCAAUGGCAAAUAGUGGACCCAAUACUAAUGGUUGUCAGUUUUUUGUAACCUGCGCCAAGUGUGACUGGUUAGACAACAAGCAUGUUGUUUUUGGGAGGGUGCUGGGAGAAGGCCUUUUGGUUGUUAGAAAGAUUGAAAAUGUCGCCACUGGACCCAACAAUAGGCCGAAGCUUGCUUGUGUUGUGUCAGAGUGCGGCGAGAUGUAAGAUUCAGCCUUCAUUUGGGACGGUUUAUUUAUUACUUCUUAAAAUAAUUUUUUAGUAUGCUAAAAAUUACUUUAAAAAGUAACAAAAAAAGUCAUCCCAAACGAAAAUAGUCUAAGUAGCUUCUAUGUUCUGACUACUAUUCAAUUGUUAGAAGCUAAAAACUUAGCUGCAAUCUCUGGUAUUGUGUAUUAGUUUAUAAAUAGAUAAUUAAUGUUAUUACUUUGGAUGAAUUGGUUACUACUGGCAAUGUGUGCAGGGCUUUUAAAGUAAUUUUAAUUGGUCAAAAAUUAAUCCUA